CGGGAGUAGGAAAACUGCACCGGAAUGACUUUGAUCGAAGCUUUGGAAGUCAAUUCUAAACACCCAGAGUUACAAGAGUCUUUAUUGGAUUCAGGGCAGUCAAAUCCGCUAGACGAUUUCACAGCUUCUGAUCCUAACGAUACUAUAUUCCGAGAGUUCGAUCCUCCGCAAUAUUUGGAGUCUAGUCCUCAAGCAUGGAAACAAAGUCGUCCUAGCUUCAUGACGUCCUUGUGGGAGUGCUUCCGAAACGUCCUUGUCAUACAAACAAUAGCUGGGAGCCUCACUGGUUGCGUAGCUGUGCUUCUAAUUUUUCUUGACUUUUCUACUGUAGAAUGGUGCUACGAUGAUACCAUACACUGGAAUAACAUGCCAUUGGAUGUCCAACGCCUUCGCGUUACGGCAGAAUCAAUAAAAUGUGCUAUAGUCCAAAUGUGGAGUUUUUGUAGUGUCAUACUCAUUUUCCCAUUCUCCUUGAUCAAAGAGCUUCAUCUGAUAACAUUCAACUUAUUGGCGUCCUUCAUUGAUGUAAUAUACAGGCUUAACUUUCAAAUUUAUGGCGUUUACAAGAUAUCUUGGAUGUCAAUCCCUCUCAACAUUCUAUACACCAUUGUCGUACUCGUCAAUAACUAUCUUUUAGCACGUCAUUUCUGCCCAAAUUCUUUGAAGCAGGCUAUAAAGUUGAACUUGAUUUUUUCAUCGCAGUUUCUUCUAGGAAUCCCAGUAACUUUUAUCUUCGUGUAUGAACUAUUUUCCCUGUACAACGAGCAAGACAGUCAAAUGAAAAAAAUCAUCUUUACGGGAGCUUUCUGUCCUAUCGUCACUGUUGUUCCAAAGAUCAUUUGUCGCCUGGGCGCACAGAAGUUGAAUGGCAUCGUCCACCCAGGAGCUUCUCAUGUUUUCGUGGUAGUCAUGUAUGGAUGUUCUGCCAUAGUGCUUCGGGUAUUGCAAGCACAACUUAAAAGUCUUGAUCAGUUUACCAUUCUUGGACUAGCUCAUGCCAUCAUAGAUCUUCUAGAGAGGACUACUAUUACGAUGAGAGAUCAUAUCUGGGAGCAUUUGUAUCGCUUGAUGCGACGACAGAGACGUAGACAACCAAAGUACCGCAGCCCAAGAAGCAGGCGUUUUAUUGCAGAUGUGAGCAUCCAGAUUAUGAUGCAAGAAUCAACUGCGCUGAUCACCGCUCUUGGAUUCAUUGAUAUUUACCGCUAUUUAUACAAGGAAUACAAACAUAAUUUUCGCCCUAUAGCUCACUUUCUUGAACGGGCAGCUGUUGGUUUAUUCAUCGAUUUGAUUUUCAAUACAAUUUCUCUCUUGAUCCAAACUCGUGUCAUGAAUGUUGCCGUCAAUAGAGUUUGGAAGAAGAAAUGGCGGCAUCAUUUUUUAGUCAACGCUCUUCUUGUUUUCAUAGCUGUUUGUUAUUAUAGUGGACAUUUAUUCGAGGUUGUAAGAAGUAAGUACGAACACAAACACCACCCUCACGUCAACUGCUCUUAUCCAAACUUUUGGUAGAAGAAACGAUUCGUAAUUUCCACUGCAAUUUUUUAUUACAGCAAGAAGACUUGAAAAGAAAAGUGAAAUCUCAUAUGUGAUUAGAACGGAGUAAACACCCUGAGGCUGUUUCAAGGCGGU